CCUCUCCGGUGCUCCGUAGUCCUUCCUCCACCUCUCUACCUGUUUAGUUGUUAAAAAUGGCUGAAGCUCCUCCAUGGCCCAGCCGGUUCUUCUGUCACAGAUGCUCCGCAGAGAUUAGUCCUCGGCUUCCCGAGUACACAUGUCCAAGAUGUGAUUCAGGGUUUAUUGAGGAACUGCUGGAGGAGAGAAGUGCUGACAAUGGCUCCACGUCUACCAUUUCCAGUGCCCCCCAGAACCAGCAACCAUUUGAGAAUCCCGACCAGCACAUGUUUACAUUCCCUUCGGGCUACGGCCAGUUUGCCCUGGGUGUCUUCGACGACCGCUUCGACUUCGGAGCUGGGCUGGGAACAGAGGACAACAGGGACGCAGAAAACAGGCGAGAAAGGGAAACGACAUCACGGCAACGAUAUGGUGCGAGGCAACCGAGAAGUCGUCAUGGCUCAAGGCGACAAGCAGGGAGGCCAGAGGGAGUUCCCACUUUAGAGGGAAUCAUUCAGCAACUGGUGAAUGGAAUAAUUGCACCCACUGCAAUGCCAAAUAUUGGUGUUGGACCCUGGGGUGUUCUUCACUCAAAUCCUAUGGAUUAUGCCUGGGGUGCUAAUGGACUAGAUGCAAUUAUAACUCAGUUAUUAAACCAGUUUGAGAACACGGGUCCUCCGCCUGCUGACAGGGAUAAAAUAAAAACCCUUCCUAUAGUUCAUAUUACAGAGGAUCACGUUGCUUCAGGACUGGAAUGUUCAGUGUGUAAAGACGAUUACAGUGUUGGAGAGAUUGUGAGGCAGCUCCCAUGCAAUCACAUGUUCCAUAAUGACUGCAUAGUCCCCUGGCUGGAACAGCAUGACACUUGUCCAGUGUGCAGGAAAAGCUUGAGUGGACAGAACACGGCAACAAACCCUCCAGAACUAUCAGGGAUGAACUUUACCCCCUCCUCCUCUUCCUCCUCCGCCUCUUCAUCUUCCUCUACACCUCAGUCCUCGAGUUCGACCAGCAAUGAGAACUCCACUGAUAACUCAUAGAGGACCACUUGUCCUCAUCACCCUACGAGCUGUUUAUAGCUCCUAGGCUGCUGUACUUCAGAGCUGUGACCUCCAGUCCCCCCCGCUGUAGGGUAGGGACCUGAGCAGCGGCCAGGAGCACUGGAGCCUGAUCAGGGGUAAGUGAUACGUGAGGUCCAUGCAGUUCUGCCUGCCCUGCUGCUCCCACCUUGAUCAGGGAUCUGAACAAAGGAAAGGCGGAGGGAGUGCAGCUUCUGUCAGGGCGGAUGUGGAGAAGUACUUCAAAAGGGCUCGAAUCCCCUCAUACAGGAAGAGAAAACAAAGGGAUCCAAAGGUAGAAGACUCGGGACAACGAGACAGUCUCUUUUGCAAAUGAGGCAAAAACAAAUGUACAGUUAUUCCUUUUUAUAAGUAGCAUUCAUAUCUCUGAUAAAAUGACCCAAAGUGCACGAUUAGUGUGCAUUUCAGUUUCUUCGUGGUUUAGAAUAUUACAUUUGAUUUGUUUUAAUCUCGAAACAAAAUAGUUUAUGAAAUGAUUUUAUUUUCAAGAUCCACUUACAGAUGACCUGAGACCAUACAGGUACUGUUGUUUGCACUGAAAAUGAAGCGUCAAAUUGCAGUAAUUUGGUGCCGUUUGGAAAAUCAAAAAUCAAAUUAAACAUAUUAGGAUUUUGUUGUGUUAUCUGCAAGCCUAAAAAUAAUUAGAAACAUUUCAUUGCUUUUUUGCAUUUUUAACUUAAAGGUAAAUUAAAUAUUUUCUAAAGUUGCCAGUUGAAAUCUAUUGAUUUGCAGUAUGGUCGUGUCAAAAAAAAAAAAUGAUAUGAAAAUAAAGCUGUUUGGGUGCUACCACUCAAAAUUCAUGUAAAGCAUUCUCUGUGUCUGUGUUUGGGUGUGUAUAUAAUCCUAUUUGAAGUCUUAUUAUGAAAAUUGAGCUUGUUUCAUAAAGUGACAACAUACAUGGUCAACCACUGGGACAAAGUCUGUUAGACACAAGUACGGUGAAACAAGAACAUUUUCCAAAAUGUAGUUUGUACAGCAAAUCACAAUAAUUGAACAAAAAAAUAUGUAAUACGGUAAAGCUUUUUUGAAAACAGGCAAGCUAUAGUCUGAUUUCCCCCAGUAUAAUGUAUGUCCCUUUUAAGGACAUCUUGCCGAUUCUUGGACCAACCAUUAUUAUUAUAUAAGGUUUCGUGACCAUUUUGUACUUUCAGAGAAAGUCCUGAACUCGUGAAAUGUUAUCAACAAGCCAAAAAUAUUCUGCUUCCUUUUAUUGUUAAGCAAUAUGGGUGUAUUUCCUCUGCAUUGUACCUCUUCUCCCCGGGGGUUAGGGUUCAAAGGCCUUUCAUCUGAGGGGAUUGUUAAGAACGGAACCUCUUGUGUAACUAUUUACCUUAAAAAAUGAAAUGGUGUUUUAAUGUUCAGUGACUACAGAUUCAAUGUCUAAAACCACUUUUUUAGCUCGGUAAAAGUGUGUGUAUGUGUAUCUUUUUUAAGUGUUGCAGCUCACUUCUAGAAAUGAUUCAGAUUUUGUGACUAAACAAAUAACUCAAUAACAAACAAGUGAAAACAUUUAAAAUGCAUUUUUAAUAGGCAGGGUUGUAGUAGUCUUAAUUCAACUAUUGGGUUGUCUGGAAUUUGCCUUACAUGUUUUUCAUUGCUUUCUCUCCAAGUUCCCAUUUCACAGCCAACUUCGAAGAAAUAUUUCUAUCAUCUCGAUAUUUCUUUGCUAAUAUCUCAAUUGUGUUAUGUGUCAUUAUGGUCACUGAUUACAGCCUACAUUUUUUAAAUGGUGUGCUGAGCCUGGUCCAUGCCUUCUGAUCAAUUGUUUCUUACCCAGUACUAACCUCAUAAAUCAGAUUUUAAAUAA